AUGAAGUUCUUUACCGUCCUCGCCGCCGCCGUCACGGUGCUCGCCAGCCCGCUUGAUCUCGAGAGGCGACAGUCGGAUCUGGUCGCCAUCACAGAUCAGCUGCUGUACUCGACGCCGCUGUCAGAAUUCAUCAGUCGGCGCGAUGCCAAAGAUCCGCCUACUCUUGACUGGACAUCGGACGGCUGCACGUCGUCGCCCGACAAUCCGCUUGGAUUCCCCUUUACUCCUGCCUGCAAUCGCCACGACUUUGGAUACCAAAACUACAGGAUCCAGAACCGAUUCUCGCAGAGUAACAAGUUCAAUAUUGACAACAAUUUUCUGCUCGAUCUGAACACCCAGUGCAAUGGCCUAAACAUCAUCGCCAGGGGUACCUGCAGAGCGCUCGCCGACGUCUACUACGCGGCCGUGCGAGCGUUUGGUGGCAGCGACGCAACGCCCGGCAGGAGAGAUGAGGAGUUGGAGAGGCAAUACAGGGAGAAGCUGGCAAUCUACAUGGUGCUGCUCGCCGAGGCCAAAAAGGGCAACUAUAUCUGA